AUGGGAACGAACCCUCGGACCCCGCGAUACAGGGCUGGGGAGAAGCAAGGGCGCUGUGCCGCACCAGCAUUCUCCCCCUUUCUCCGUCCUCCCCACCCCCGGUCAGGUGACCAGCUAUUUAGCACCAUUAACACCCACGGGUCGACAAGUGGUUCAUUAAAUUACACGUAUUGUCGAAGGCCAGGUUCCGGGCUCCUCCUCACUUCAAACUAUGCAAAAGGAGGCGACAGUUUGGGGCCCGACCACAAAAGCGCGCAGCUGCGGGAGGGAGGAUGGAGCGCCGACCCCGAGUCCCGGCGGUGGGGACCCAGCUCGGCUCCGCGGCCGGACCCGGGCCCCAGGCUCUACACUGCAGAGCCGGGGCGAGGCCUGAGGGCUGGGCCUCCGGGCCGCGCCGCCGCGCCUCCCCGCCCGAGCGCCCGCGCGGCGGCGGGACUCACCCGAGGCGGGGGCGCGGAGCCGGCGGGAAGGCCGCGGCCCGACCCUCGCCGGGCGGCCCCGCCACCGCGGCCCAAACGGUCCCGGGCGGCCGAGGCGGCGCGGGCAGGCCGAGGCGUUGCGCAAGAGGCCGGGGGCGUCCCGGUCUGCGCGGGAAGGAAGCGCGGAGCCCGGCCGGCGGAGGGCGGGAGGCCGCGGGGCGCGGGGCAGAAGGGGAGGGCCGCGCGUCGCCGGCCGCCGCCGCGCCGCCACUCACCAGCUCCGCCGACAAGCGCUACCUCAGGCAGCGAGGGAAGAUGGUGGCCGUGCCGCGCGGAGGAGGGGGCCGGCGCGCCGAGAGGGGGUACGCGCGGGACGCAGGCGUCGCUGCCGAGGCCGCUUCCUCCUCACGGCCAGCCGGACGCCGCGAACCCCGGCGCCCCGGCUUCCGCGCCGCCCUCCUCAGCCUUCGUGCAGCCGCCGCCGCUCAGCGCCCCAGCAGAGCGCGCCUCGUGGGGACCGUGCAGCGGCGCGAGACCCCGAGGCCAUCUGCGUGCGGCGGCGGCCCGGCGGCUGGAGCGUGGCCGUGUCACGUGA